AUGCUUUACCUGAGAUAUAUUUUAGAGUGGCUGCCUCAGGUCAAUCCCUACCUUCCUCCAUUCUGUACAAUAUUCACUGCAACAAAUAAUUUUAUUGGAUUCUUCCAGAAAAUCUGCCCACCAAUAAUGGGCUUUGAUUUUAGUGGAUUUGCUGUCUGGGUAUUUCUGGAAAAUAUUGAAUUCAUCCUCUUACAUAUAUUGUCAAACUACUAA